AUGCCGAAACGAAAAUGGCAGCCGGGUGACGGCUUCAACAUCACAGCACCAUUUGAUGCUACGAAGAAGAAGAAGGGCGAUCAGUAUAUUGGCAUCGACACACCGGGCCCAAAACAUCUAGAAGUCCAAUACAUGGUCGAUCCCGGCUCCGAAUGGGAGGCUUUGACACGAUACUCGGAGGGAAUGCGAUAUGAGGGACUUCAACUACGGCCAGGCAAUUGUGCCUUUAUCAAUCAGACUAUGCCUCCGCCAAAGCCUCCGAAUGAGAACGCAUCCCCCGAGGAAGUGCUCGCCUAUAGGAAGAGGUACAUGUGGGUGGUCCAAAUACAAGAAGUGAGAGGACCUGCAGGCAAGAAGGCGUCCUCGAUGGAAGAGAUCCUCUUUCGCGUUUUCUGGUUGUACUGGCCAGCAGAACUACCUCAGACACAGAAGAGAAAAGCCGGCCGGGCACCAUAUCACGGUGCCAGAGAGCUGGUGCUGUCUAACCAUGCCGACAUCGUGGACGGGACAGUCAUCUCAGAGAUGGCGAACGUCGACUUCUGGAACGAGGAUAAUGACGAAAAGCAACAGCACCCCGAAUUCUUCUACCGAACGACGCUAAACUACAACACUCCAGGCAAGCCCAUUCUGAGCGAGCCGCUGAAGCAUUGUCGUUGCAGCGAGCCAUACAACCCAGACACGACCAUGUACAAGUGCAGCAACAGCGUUUGCAACAAGUGGAACCACGAGCAAUGCAUCAUCGACGACGUUCAGAGAGACCUGCGCGCUCAACUUAGCGCACAUGGCAAGCCGGGUCUUCUCGACUAUCUCGACAGACGAUCCAGCAAGACGCAAGCCGGCUCGAACCAGAACAACGGUGUUAGAGGCACCACACCUCUGGGCUCUAUUGGCGAUACUAUCGCUGUGGUAGCCAGCGCCAUGUCGAACAAAGUGAGGAACGUCAUGCGGUCGAUCGAGGAAGGCGCAAAGGAUGUUGGUGACGACGACGGGUUCAACACACCAGAUGAGGACGAGGACUUUGACGCGGUUGCGGCACUCACGCCGCAGAAGAAGCUGAAACAAAAGCAGAAAGGGAAACAGAAGAAGGGCAAAGAGGCAGGGCCAUCUGAGCGGCCGGGUACAGCCAACGGAACCAAUGGUGCCGAGGCGGCAGCAGUCCAUCCGUCUCUGAGCAAGUCGACGCAGAAGCUAAAGCUGACCGAGUCGCAGCCGGUGGCUACAGUGUCGCUCAAGGACGGGGAGAUCAAGAUAUCUCUGUCCAACGAUGACACGAACGAGAACGGCCUAGUGGCGAUAGUGGUACUCACAGAUGCGUCCGGUGAGAAGGAGGUCGGCAGGUGGGAGUUCGGUGUGGAUUGCUUGAUCUGUGGGAAGAAGCUGGACUGA